CAGUAGCAGCGUACUUUCACCCCCUAACAUACUUUAUGCCAUACUGAAAGCCAGAUCUAAAAGUGCGGUUGAAACGAUAUCGCACGCUUCUUUUCACUCAAAAAAUCUCAACUUCGACUCUUUUACUCACUACAGUAUCACCAUGGACACCUUCACUGAUGCUUCUCCGCGAGAGGUUCUGGAACGGGUAUCGGCAGAAUUGGGUUGCAGUCCGACUUCACAGGAGGUAGCCGCGUAUCUGGACAAACACGACCAGUUGCAACAUCUUCGCAAACAGUUCCUGAUCCCAAAAGUCAGUGACCUGCCUCCGACCAACCUCUCGCUCGUGGACAGUGUGGAGGACUGCAUUUACUUUGUGGGAAACUCACUUGGACUUCAGCCCAAAUUGGCAAAGAAGUACAUUGACGAGGAGCUGGACAAAUGGGCCAAAACAGGAGUUCAUGGUCAUGUGGAGGGAGCACGCCCAUGGGCCUGGGCAGAGAAUAAUAUUGAGGACAUGAUGGCGAACGUUGUCGGUGCUAAAGUUGAGGAGGUUGCGUUGAUGAAUGGCUUAACAGUUAAUUUGCAUCUUCUACUGCUGUCCUUCUACAAACCCACGGCAAAGCGUCACAAAAUUCUCAUUGAGGACAAGGCCUUUCCUUCGGAUCAUUACGCUGUGGAGUCCCAGAUCCAACUGCGUGGGUACGCCCCCCAGCAGAGCAUGCUGCUGAUGAAAGCCAGAGCGGGGGAGGAGACUCUUCGGACAGAGGACAUUCUGGACACAAUAGAGAGGGAGGGAGACUCAAUCGCCGUGGUGCUGUUCAGCGGAGUGCAGUACUACACCGGCCAGCUGUUCGACAUGGCUGCGAUCACCGCCGCAGGCCAGAGAAAGGGCUGCUUUGUGGGGUUCGACUGUGCGCACGCGGUCGGUAAUGCUGAGCUCCGGCUGCACGACUGGGGAGUCGACUUUGCCUGCUGGUGCUCCUAUAAGUAUUUGAAUUCUGGAGCUGGUGGACUGGCAGGGGCCUUUAUCCAUGAGAAACACGCUUACACAGUCAAACCAGCUUUGUUGGGCUGGUGGGGACAUAACUUGAAAACGAGAUUUGUUAUGAAUAACGAAAUGGAUCUAAUCCCUGGAAUUGGAGGAUACAGGCUAUCAAACCAGCCCAUUUUGCUGGUUUGCUCUCUGCAAGCCAGUUUAGAGGUUUUCAACCAGACCAGUAUGCGGGCCUUACGGCAGAAGUCCAUACUCCUGACAGGGUACCUGGAGUACCUAAUUACACACUACUAUACCAAAGAUGAGGCCAACCCAAAGAAGCCCUUUGUGCAGAUCAUCACCCCAUCCAACCCCCAGGAGCGCGGCUGCCAACUCUCCCUGUCCUUCUCUGCGCCCAUACGGGCUGUCUUCAGAGAGCUAGAGAAGAGAGGUGUUGCCUGUGACAUGAGGGAGCCCAACGUCCUUCGCAUUGCACCGGUGCCACUAUACAACUCCUUCAGGGAUGUGCAUCGUUUCAUCAACUUGCUGGGUUCAGCACUUGCUGCUAGUAGUGAACUCCCACAGGGCGUGAAACCAUGACCAAUUGACCUCCUUCAGCGGACAAUCAGCAGUGUUGCAAGUCUCUACGUCAAACAUAUCUGUUGACUUCCCUCAUUUGUGGUAGUGUAGAAAGGACCGGCCACAGAUUGCAUGAAUAGAAUGUCUCAAACAGCCAUCAUUUAGGAGUACCAAUUGCAAUCCAGUUACCGAUUGACAUGUUAUGUCUUUUCCUCCAUCUUUGUCUGAAAAGUGCAGUGUGACCUUAAUUUAAGUUUGUAAAGCAUUUUUAAUUGUAC